AAAUAGGAAGUCAGCAUUCAUUCUUGCUGAGGUUCUGCUGGAGGUGCCUGCCUGUAAGGAGUCCUGCUUGCCACAAUGAAAGCUCUGCUGGGCAGCCUCCUGUUCCUUGCUACCUUGGUGACAGCAUGCAAUGCAGGCUGCACUUUUCAACAACGUGAAAAUCUUCCAGACCAACCGCCUGAUGGAUGCCUGGAUUCUGCUGGUAUCAAACACUCCGUGGGCGCUCAGUGGACAGUCGACUGUAAGAAGUGUUUCUGUGAAAAGGCGGGAAUUAGUUGCUGCCCCCAAACCCUUAUACCCAAGGGCUAUGACCAAGAGAAGUGUAAGACAAUAUUCCAUCAAAAGGAGUGCAGAUAUACUGUGGUGGAAAAGAACAACGAAGGAAUCAUCUGUCCUGUUGAUAGUUGGACAUUGUAAAUGUGCUUCUAGUGGGUCCCAAGUUGAGCAACAUUUGAAUAUUUGUAUGAUUUAAAUUUACCAAUUGUAGCCUGGGUGGUUGUGGCCUAUAAUCCCAGCACUGGGAGGCAGAGGCAGGCAGAUCUCAUGCUAGCCUGGUCUCUAGAGGGCAACACAAAGAAACCCUGUCUUGAAAAACUAAAAUAAAUAAAUAAAU